AUGGAUGCUCUCACCUCCGGUCUCAGACGCAAAGCAUUCGAGCGUCUCGCAUUUCUGGAUACCUUGGGCUCCCAAGAAAGCUCCUCGAAACCUAGUGUUAGCCGAUUGAUCAACGAGUGCAGGCCACAAAGUUCAAAAUCGGGUGGCUUCAGGGAUGGGCUCUCUCAGGCACACGGAAGAGCUCCUAUGGCACUUCGGGAACUUGAAAUCAUCCUUGCUCUGACCAAGACCUCGUCAAACGUUACUCGCCAUGACCAGAUGCUAAACCUCGCUUUGCAGUUCGCCGGACACUUGACAGAAUCCUACAGCCAAAAGUUUCGAACGUCACCUUUCUUGCACGAUAUCAAGCCGUCUCCUUGGGAGGCCCUCACACAUGGAUUGACUAAGGGGCUCCUGAAUCUGGGUGUGAACGAUGCCUCGGUCCGCGAACAUGCCACUGGCGCCAUCAUGGCAUAUCUAAAUAACUGCGCGCGGGCUGUGAAGGGGAUGGUGAAAGGGGGAAUUGAGCGACCCGAUUUCGAUGGCACCAUUGGACAAAUCGAGAUUUUGAUCACCGCCCUUUCGUUGGUCGGCCUUCUGGAAGCUGCCUCGCACUCUACCGAGUUGUGGAAUGCAACCGAGAAGCUCGCAAUUGUUGAGCGCUUAGGAAGCAUACUGUCCGUUGACUUCCUCGUGGCUGUGGAGACUGCAGCUUCGAAGAUUCGCAAUUCGACUGCAACCGAUGCCACCUCGCGUGAUUGGAAGAGAUAUAAUCGAAGAUACGCCGCCCAACGGCGGCCGAUAGGAGCUAUGUUGUUGCAACAGUGCUUCUCGCGAUUUAUCAAGUCCUGCACAAUCACUACAGUUCUAAUGUGCGCUGCUCCGAGUGAUGCAUCAUUCCUAGAGAAGUACGCAGAUGGAAAAAUAUUGGCAAAGACAUUCAAUGAUGCUGAAGAAAUUACACUGGUCAAACACCUUGUCGUCGUUUUGACUGGCAAAAUACAACUUCUUGAAGACGGCGCGGAUUACCUGCAGAUUGGCUCCCAGUGGCAACAGGAACUUGCUUUUUCGGUUAAGGCCUCAUGCCUAGUCGCUUUCCUGAAUUGCAUGACCCUGAACGAAGAACUGGCCGACACUGACAUGUUGCUUUCGUGGCUUGAGGAUACUGUAGCCGAUCAGAGUCAGAUGGCAGCUUCUGAUCUGGCAACCACGGCACUCAAAGUCAUUGCCGGUACUGCGAAGCUUUUCCCUGCCAAUGCUUCUAAUCUAAGCUAUCUCCUGCUGAAGUUCAUAACGCAAGGUGGCACAAGUCAAUCGAUUAUCUCAGUUGCAGCCAAGUGUCUCGCCAAAAUCCUCGAAGUUCUGUCACAAGAUUUCGUGAUCACCACGCUCUACUCCUUGGGUAACGUCUUGAGCCCGAUAGCGGCGGGUGCUGAGCGUCCAGUGCAACUCCCUGCUGAGACCUUCGAAACCAGUCCUACAGUAGAUGCCUAUCAUUCAAAUGCCGACAGUGUCGUCUCUCUCUUUUAUAAUGGCGAGGAGGAUUCUACAGUCACGCACCGUAACGUUAUUCAUGCCAUUGUCACAAUCGCUGUCAACUGUGAGGAUGAGAACAUUGCAGCUCUUGCUCAAUCCAUGCUCCUACAGAAAAUCGGCAGAAUUAGCAUCAUAGCCGAUGCAUGCAUCAUACAGGAGACUGCUACCUUAGCAUUGAUCAACAAGCACUCAGAAUUCCAGCUAUUAUUGAAAUUCUACACCCGCCUCCACCAAGAAGCUGUGCUUAGGGACCACGGUAUCAUCGCUGACGCAGUUCAUAAUGCAAGAAAUCGUCUCUCUCUGGCACUGAGGCACAGUCCCUCUCACAAAGCCACUUAUCUCGUGCAUUUGCUGGAAGGCAUUGUCAGUAAAGGCGAUGUGUCAGAUCUUGGACAUGAUAAACAUAAAGAUAUUACUCUGUCUCCUGACGAUAUUACUCCAUAUCUUAAGCCACUUGCGCUUCUGGUUACGAAUGAUGUGCGUGAAGAAGAGGAUGUUAGCGAGCCUACACAAUAUGACGAAGAUACAGCUGCUUUGUUCCGCGAUGCCUGGUUCAACAUGGCCGUGCAUGGGAUCUCAGUUGAGUCUGAUAUUGGUCGGCAAUUCAGGAAUGAGCUAUGUGCUAUUGCGGAGAAGUCGCCUCCUCUGGUUCCAGAGAAUCGGACCGAAAUAUUGGAAAGUGAUGUUGAACUCAACAUCAUUUUGAGACGUGGCAUGGGACACCAGCGGCUGGCUGAACAGAGGAAGCUUCUCAGCAAUGAACUUCCAGAGCAUGAGUCUAGCCUCAAGCGCAUCGGCUAUCAGGAAAUAAUUUUCUUGAAUGCGAGCUUGUUGAUAGAGAGUCUUCGAGCUAUGGCCGGAGAUUGUACAAGGAUUCUUCUCUAUUUCUUGGAUCCAACACUAAGUUCAUCUGAGCUGGGAAAAUGCAUGAAGGCUGUUGCGGACAAAGUCAUCGAUAUAUAUUUGUCUAAGACUCUCUCGGGCGCCGGCGAACGUUUUACUAGUCCACACCUAUCCAAGCAGCUCGCGGGAAUUUUCAUUACUGGCUGUCAUCGCAUACAUCGGGUUCAGGAAGUGGCUCUGGACUGCGCCAGCAAGAUAAUCAACCUCCUUACUAUCAUGUGGUCAUCCUGCCUCGAGAAUGACCUGGACGAAUACGGAUGGAGGUCGAUUUUCACGAAAGGCGACGUGACAAUUGAAUUAUCUGAUAAUCACGAAUCGAGAAAACGAACUCUGGACUUAUUCCAUUCUCACGCCAAAGCUUGGAUGCUAGUCGCCAUCAACCUCGCUCCGUUGGACGUGAAAGGUCUUUUACAGACAUAUCUCUCCGAGUACGAAGACGAUGGUGCAUAUGGCCACAUUUCGUUGGGACGCUCAUUUGCUCUUGAAGUGGCAUCCCAAAUACCUCAAAGUGACCCGCGACUGAGCCACAUUGAAAGCUACGGGGCUGACAACGUCAACUGUGCUUCUGAUUUGAUUGCUCAGUAUACCACUCGUCAAGAAUAUAGAUAUUCCGAAUUCUCCCAAGCGAAUGGAAGACGAAAGGAGAUUGACCAGACGGAUGGCACGGUUGAUCCCUACCUUGAGCGGUACAUUGAAGUGAUCGAAAAUCUCUUGAAGCAGCUUUCUCUCAGGGUCUCUGCUGGUUAUGAUCUGUCUAGCCACGAAUUACAUGAUGCACUACGUAAGGCUGCAGCAUUGCUUUGUAGAAGUGAUGAUGACCUUCCCUCCAUCGCUCACUAUCUUGUUGACAUACCGUUUCGGUUGUUCACUAAGGAGUCAAUUAAGUUCGGCGUGUCAAUCUGGCUAGGUGUUAUCAAUGAGAAUCCAAAGACUGAAUCAAGAAUCUUGGCGGAGGUGGCAUCCGCUUGGGAGUCUACUACUCUAGCUAGGAAGGGUAUUUUCAACCCUGCUUUCAAUCACCCAGAUCCUUUCUUCACGGCUAUAGAACUACUUCCUUCAGAUAAGACAGCACUUCUCCAAGAGCAGCAACGGGCCCAAGACGUUUUAUCUCCUCAUCUGCGCAUUUUGCAGUUCUUCGAAAGUCACUUCAAUGCUAUACGGUUGGCAAGCCCCCAUUUGCAACGUAUCUUCUCGCGAGCAAUAAGCAGGACACUUGUUGCCUUACAGCGUACCAAUGGUCACCCUCUUUCCCGGGAGAGCCGCAACUACAAGUGGAAAUUGAAAGACCAGAUAUUAUCAGCCGCUCUUAGCUGGUUCAGACAUCCUCCAAGAUGGUCCUUUGGCGGUAAUCGCCUUCAACUAAAAGCCGAAGACAAAGUGCUGAAAGAUGUUGAAGAUGCAUUGAAGUAUACUACCAAUUUUUUUUCAUCUAACGUGGGCCGUCGUCAGUCAUUGCGAGGAAAACAAGAACUUUUACAACACCUGAUUGAGAACGAACGAAUGCGCCUCAGGGUUUGGCUGUACCCCCUAGAACAAGAAAAGAAGCACUAUAUAACGGGCUUCGGAGGUAAAAAUCAAUCUGAGGAGAAGGCUAUCAUUGAUCAGCUGCUUCGCACUGCUUGGGCCGAAAAUGCAAGCUUAGCGAUUCAGAUCUGUACUCGAUUUCCGUCACCGAAGAUCCACAACGAAGUGCGUUGGUUACUCCUUACUUAUCCUGAGAAAGCUGUGGAAGUUCCGGAGAGUCUGGAAAUGAUGUUUGGCUCUUCUUUGCCGGCAGAUGUAACCCAUCAAUUAAAAUAUCUUUUGUACUGGAGUCCAGUGUCUCCUACUGAAGCUCUUACAUACUUCUUACCAGCCUACGGGAACCACCCAUUCAUACUUCAGUAUGCCAUGCGAGCUUUAGAAAGUCACUCUAUUGAUGUCAGAUUCUAUUUCGUCCCGCAACUUGUACAGGCUUUGCGCUACGAUGCUCUGGGCUAUGUCGAACGAUACAUAUAUGAGUCUGCCAAACUUUCUCAGUUGUUCGCUCAUCAGGUGAUUUGGAACAUGAAGGCAAACGCCUACAAAGAUGAAGACUCUCAAAUUCCGGACUCGAUCAAACCUACACUGGACAAAUUAAUGGACAGGCUAGUGUCCAGCUUCUCUAUAGAAGAACGUGAUUUCUAUGAGCGAGAAUUCUCCUUCUUUAAUGAAAUUACUGACGUUUCCGGUAAAUUACGUCCAUACAUCAAGAAGAGCAAACCCGAAAAGAAACAGAAAAUUGAGGAAGAGCUCCGCAAAAUCAAAGUGGAAGUUGGAGUUUACCUGCCCAGCAAUCCAGACGGUAUAGUUGUCGGAAUUGAUCGGAAGUCAGGAAAACCGCUGCAAAGUCAUGCGAAGGCGCCAUACAUGGCCACGUUCCGAAUUCAAAAGACGAAAGCGCUUGAAGGCAACCGGGUAACAAGCAAGACACAACUUGGUGAGAAGAAAUCGGAAGAUCAAGAGACAUACGAAGUCUGGCAGUCGGCAAUUUUCAAGGUCGGAGAUGACUGUCGACAAGACGUUUUGGCGUUGCAAUUGAUAGCAGCGUUCAGAAACGUAUUCAAUUCUGUCGGUCUAGACGUUUGGGUUUUCCCAUAUCGUGUUACAGCCACUGCACCGGGUUGUGGAGUUAUUGAUGUGCUGCCGAAUUCAAUCUCGCGGGACAUGCUUGGCCGCGAAGCAGUCAAUGGACUAUAUGACUACUUUGUCUCUAAAUACGGUGGAGAAGAAUCUACCAGGUUUCAGGAGGCGCGCACCAAUUUCGUCAAGAGUAUGGCAUCAUAUUCGGUCAUCUCAUACCUGCUUCAAUUCAAAGACCGACACAAUGGCAACAUCAUGGUCGACGACGCAGGCCACAUUAUUCAUAUCGACUUUGGAUUCUGCUUCGAUAUUGCGCCGGGUGGUGUUCGCUUCGAGCGAGCACCAUUCAAACUGACCUCUGAGAUGGUAGCAGUUAUGGGCGGAGGGCCACAUCUUACAGGCAGCAAUACCAACGGUAGCAUAACCAAUGGUAUUUCCACAGGCGGUAUUAACAACUCCUCAUCUAAUAGUUCCAACUCAUCGCCAUCGGGAUCCUCGACACUCCGUCUCCCAAUACCCGGGGCACAUUCCCACGAUCCAACAACAACACAGCCUUAUCAAUGGUUUGAGUCGCUCACAGUCAAAGCAUUCCUUUCAUCUCGGCCGCACGCCACGAAAUUUAUCCAGAUCGUCACGAUGAUGCUUGAUAGUGGUCUGCCCUGCUUCAAACCAGACACCAUCAAGAAUUUCCGUGAUCGAUUCGUUCUUGACAAGACUGAGCGGGAAGCGGCGGAUUAUAUGCGGGAAUUGACGCGCAAGAGUUACUUGAAUAUCUCGACAAAGGGCUACGAUCAGUUCCAGUUGUUGACUAAUGGUAUUCCUUAUUGA